CAGUGUUUUAUUUAGUAUUUUCACUGCUUAUAAUUGAUGCUAAUAUAGUUUUUUGUUACCUCAGAAAUCAUUUAUCGCUGCGGCCGGACAGCAAACUACUCUUUGGCAGGUACAUUAAGAAAAUGGGCAAAACAUGAGUCCUAACGUUAGUGGAAUGGAGGGAGGAACCAUCGACCUAUGACAUUAUUGUUUCUAAAAAGAACCUACUGAAAAAGAAAUUUGAACCUGGGGAUGUUGUGGAUGUUGCCUAUGAGGAUGAAAGUUCACCAGCCACAGUUCUAGACAUUAAAGUGGUCAUGUUGAGUGUUUGCGCUCUGCUGCUGCUGGCAGCUCCAGCAGCCCUUGGUUCCGACUCCGACAGACACCGACACGACUCCAACCUGGAGAUCUAUAAGCGUCUGUUCGAGACGAAGAGGAAAGAUCAGCUGAACGCUCUGAAGAAUCUGGUGGAGCUCAACGACGUCAACCAGCAGUACAAGAUCAUCGACAUCAUGCUCAAGGGCCUCUUCAAGGUGCUGGAGGACUCCAGAGCUGUGCUUAUAGCUGCUAACAUGCGGCCUGAUGAUCCGUUCCCACUCGACGACAAACUCAAAGAAGCGUACUCUCACGUGGUGGAGAACACGGCGUUCUUCGGUGACGUGGCUCUGCGUUUCCCGCGCAUCGUGCACCAUUAUUACGAGCGUAACGCAGACUGGAGUGUGUUGCUGCGCUGGGGUCUGAGCUUCUGCAACCACACCGGGGUCUUCAGCGGAGGAGCACACCAGCACGUGCUCACACUGAUGUCACAGGAGCUGGGGAUCACAGAGAAAUCUGCAGACUUCGUCAAUCCAUACAGGACAGAACGAGACGAUGUGCUGCAGACAGCCGAGGCCUUCCAGAAGAUUCUGCGUGAGGAGGAGAAGAGAAGGAGGAAGGAGGAGAAGAGGAAAGAGAUCCGCAAAGGGCCGCGCAUCUCUCGCUCGCGCAACGAGCUGUGAUGACGAGCUCCAGACCUUCACACUAUCAGGGAGAGUCCGACACGGGCCGCCGCAGCGUUUACACUGAGUCCUCCAUCCACACACACGCUGCAGAGUCACCCACCACUGCUGUGUGUGUGUGUGUGUGUGUGUUGGAGAUCUGGGCAGGCUGCAGGGGGAGGAGUCAGGGUGGGGGCGGGGUCACGAGGGGGUUAACUGGAGUCUGUGUGGGCUACAGCAGGAGGAGUCUGGGUGGGGGGACAGGGUCACAAGGGGUAUACUACUUUGUUUAGGCCUUAGGGGAGGAGUCUGUAUGGGGGCGGGGUCACGAGGGGUAUACUACUUUUAGCCCUUAGGGGAGGAGUCUGUAUGGGGGCGGGGUCACGAGGGGGGUUUGCUGGAGUCUGGGCCACAGGAGGAGGAGUCUGGGAUGGGGGAACAGUGUCACGAGAGGUAUGCUAGUUUGUUUGGGCUUUAGUGGGAGGAGUCUGUGUGGGGGCGGGGGUUUACUGAAGUCUGUGUGGAGUCAGGGAUGGGGUCAUAAGCUGUUUACUGGAGUGUGUGAGCUUCAGGGGGAAGAGUCAUGGAAGGGGGAGAAGUCUGUGUGGGCAGGGUCACGGGGGAUUACUGUAGUCUGGGCUACAGGGGGAGGAGUCUGAUGUGGGCAGGGAAACGAGGAGAUUUUUGGAGUCUGUAGGGGCGGGGUCAUGAGGGCAUUACUGGAGUCUGUGGGAGUGAGAGGGAGGAGCCUGUAUCGGGGAGGGGGAUUAUUUCAGUCUGUGUGGAUUCAGGGGAGGAGUCUGAGUGUGGGCGGGGUCACAAGGGCUUUGCUGGAGCCUGUUGGAUUUAGGAAAGGAAGCCAGGGAUGGGGGAAGAGUCUGUUUGUGGGCGGGCGCAUGACCAGAUUCACUGGAGGGAGGAGUCUGUAGGCGGGGUUUGCUGUUUGGUCAUAUUAGUUAAAUGUGGGUGUGGUUAAGCCAGUGGGAGGUGUCUUUGAAGGGUAGGUGUUUUUAGAUAAGUGGGAGGAGUCUGUGGGUCUGGUCAUGAGGUACUUUACUAUACAUGAGUUAAAAGAGGGUGUGGCUAAUGUAUAGGAGGAGUUUGGGUGGGCGGGGUCACAGUGUUUUUGUCAAUAGGGGAGGUAAAGGGAUAGUUCAUACAAAAAUACAAAUUUACUCCCUAUUUACUCGUCCUCAAGGGGUUUCAAACCUUCUGUUGAACACUACAGAAGGUAUUUUGAAGUAAGCUAAUAAACCCGUAACCAUUAACUUCCAUUGUUGGAAAAACAAAUACUAUGGAAGUCAAUGGUUACAGGUUUUCAGCAUUCUUUAAGUAGUUUGUUUAGUGUUCAACAAGUAAUUCACUUAAUUCAAACAGGUCUCACACAAGUAAAGGCUGAGUAAAUGAUGAUCAUUUUCAUUUUUGGGUGAACUGUCCCUUUUAGAGAGGGUUAUGUGUGUGGGAGGAGUCUGGGUGGGUGUGGUUAGAUCAGUGGGCAGGGUCACGCUGGCUCUGGGUCUAAGGUGUUUUGGACACUGCUAUUUGGAUAUGUUCAACACUUAAUCUGUUUUGAUAAUGUGAUUUCAGACAUUGUUGAAGUUCCUCUACAAGAUAUUCAGAGUAUUUAGAUUGAAGAGAGGCUUUAUUCCAGGGUACUUUAUAGAAUAAUAUUAAGAGAACUGUGGGCGAUUCACAUCUCUGUGCUUUCUUUACAGCCAUUAUAGUAUAGACCAUUGUGUGUGUGGUUGUUUGUGUGAGAGAGAAUCAAUCAUUGUGUGUUUGAGUAUGAGAUGAAUGUUGAUGGUCUGGCCUGAGAUCAGAUCUGCACUGCCAUGAGGGAAUCUCCAUGAUAAUGAUGAGUGUGAAUGGAUGUGAGAUCAGUGUGUUUCGGUUUCACUUCAUUUUCUGCUCUGAUAAAAUGAAGUGUGUGUGUUAGAGAGAAUCCAACUGAUUUACUCUGAGCCCUAGAUGCAUUCAUCAUCAUCUGAUCAUGCGACUGUUAUUAUAUCUGUUCAUCAUCAGCUGGAGAUAUUAAUAUUGAUCAAAUGAAUAAAGUUUAUUGAACAAA